AUGGCCACGUAUUAUUCAAUCGAGGAAAUGUUUGACAUCUAUCAGAACAAUGUUACAAAUAGAUAUGACGAAGCAAUAAGAAAUGACGCAUCAAUUAUGCGUCUUUAUUUUGAAAAAGCACCAAUUACUCAAUAUCGCAGUGGUAAAAUGCAACUCAGCAUCUCCAAAGCAUCAUCUUUCAUCCUUAGUAGUGUUAUUGAGAGUGCUGGCUACAUUGCUGACCCGAAAAGGUUUGUAAUGACAAAAAUAAACAUCAUUACACAAGUCAAUUUUGAUUCUACAUUUAGAGAGCUCAGGAAUAGAGAUAUUAAUCCACAAUUCGUCCUUGAUUCAUUACUGCAAAAGGCCACUUCCCCAAUUCAAGAUCCAGAAUCACCAAACAGUGGCAUUCCGAUUCAAAUACAGUUAUUCCUGAGAUUACGAGAGGUCAACGAGAAGUACAACGAGUUCCCCGGCCUUCUUCUUAAAGCUUAUGACCAAAAUAUUUCUUUAGCCAUUCAAAACAAGUGCAAGACCAUUUUAGUAUACCUUUCAUAUUUCUUUGUAUACAAUAUUCUUAAAAGAAAGCAAUACGGCGAGAUUCUUAUUAAGAUUAUUAACGGAUUAAGGGUAGAAGCGGCAGUAGAGCAUUUAAUCUCCGCUCUUUCCAUUUCAGCGCGAAGAAUAGAUACAGAACAGUACACAGAAUUCACUUAUUUCUAUCGUUUCAUCAUGAGAAAUCUCAAUUCUUGUUCUGGCUUCACUUCUUUCAAAGUCACCGAACAUUUCGAGCAGAGAGCCAAAGGAUGGCCAGACGAGAAUCCAAUCAUCAAAGAAAAACGAGCUGAACCUAAGAAAUUUAUCAUGAAUUCUACAUCUUCAAAGAUUUACACCGGCCAUACAGAUUUCAACUUCAACUGUGGCGAUGCCAUUGAACAGAUGUACGAAGAAUGGAAAAAUUCGUCCAAAUUUAUGGAUAUUUUGAAUUUCAAACCAGAUAUCAUUGUUGAGACAGCAUUUAAGCUAUUUGAGAGACAUGUAAAGGAUGUCGAAGACUAUUCUUACUUCAUUGCCUUCGUUCUUGAUAAUUUAUUCAAGAAGAAGCCCGUAGAAAGGUAUUUAGCCUUCAAGAAGCAUGUACAUAUAUUCCAGGAGCUAACAAAAUCAGAGGAAGGUACAAAGAUCUACUGGGAUGGCUUCGGAAGAAUGCUUGAUACUUUAUACAUCCAUAAGAAGAUCGAACAGCAACAUUUGUUUGAUAUCCUGUCUAUUGAAGAUAUUCCGCUACCUCAAUCCGUAAGAAUUAAGUGCAUUAUCGAAAAGGAUGACGUAGUUUCCGAAUACGAGUCGACAAAAAUUUUCAAAUUGGCAAACGGCGGAAUCCCAAAGUUAGAUGAAUUAAACAUGGCGUUCGUAAAUAUCGCUUUGUACAGCGAAUUCGAUACAAAAGAAUUUCUGAUAAAUCCGAAAUGUAUAGAAGGAGUCCAAAACAUGGAUCCACACUUCGUAUUUAAGUUUAUAAGAGCGGCUGUAUUCGAAUCUAUACAAGAUUUCCCAAGACUCCGCCAAUAUCAAGAUAUUCUUUUCCAUAUUAAGCAGAAAUGGACAUCUUUGUUUAAGCCAAUGAUUGAAAAAUCAAUCGAAUUAUCAUCUUGUGGCUCAACAAAGAAGCAAAACUUCAGAGAUUUAGUUGAAAGAAUAUUCUAUUCUCCUAUGAGAUAA